CCACUUAUUUUUGUUCUUUAUGUUUACAGGACUCCUAUAAUGUAUACUGGAAGGAGAUAUCUGUAUAACGAUUAGGAUGUGCUUAAAUAUAUCCUUGAUCAAUAAAUGUUUCAUUAACCACAUAUCUUUUCCUCCAUCAAUCAUAUCGCACAUUAAUACGUCAGCUCAACUUCAUGAAUUUGAGUACGUAACUCCCUUCAUCAACCCACGAUCAAUGUGCUGGCCCGCUCUCUACACUAUACGUAAGAAGAAAGGCAGAGGUAAAAUGCUUAACCGUUCCAAGUCUCUCAAAGAUAAAUAUCAAUUCGAACGGACUACUCGUGUCGAUCCUAUCCCUCCUCCUUACCGAUCUGCAUAUGUUGUUGAGCCAACCCUCGUCCCCCUCAGUGCUUACCAGGGAAAUAUGUAUUAUCCGGAAGAGCGAGAGCGGGCACUGGAUCAGGAAAGGGAAAUGGCACGAGAAAGAGCAAGAAGACCUAGUUGCUCGGAUUUAUUCCAUAACAUCGAUGUCAUACAACGGCUAGGCGAAAGAUUUAAGGGGUUGAAUACAACAUUUUCCCAUCCACUACCACCAGCAGCAGCAGCAGCACCACCCCCUUCAUUUGCACCUUCAUUUUCACCUCCAUUUCCACCUCCACCACCUCCGCCUUUGAAGUCAAACUCAAACUCAAACGCAGGCAACAAUAGUUCCUUAGGUGCCGGUAGUAACACUGCCCCUGCUGCAGCCCAAGCAAACCAGAAUUCUUCGGAUACAGCAGCAUUAGCAGCCAGAAUUAAAGAAUUGGAGAAGGAGAAAGAGGUAGCGCGAGAAAAAGAGAUUGAGAAGUUAAAUGGUGGAUUAAAUGGAGUCAGGGGAGAUAUAAAAGGUUUACAAAUGAAAUCGGAGAGAGAGGAAGGUAGAAGAGAGGGUAGAAUGGAAGUAAUGGGAAUGAAGAUUUCCAACGCCGGUGCCGGAUAUUCUUUUGGCGAAUCCUGGCUCAAUCCAAAUGGAGAACUUAAUCGCAGUAUUCCCCAAAACCGUGGUCAAGAUCGAGAGGCGGAGAAUACGAAACGAAGAGUUGAAGGAGAACAGAGGGGAAGAAUAGAUGACGAUUUACUGCUUCGGAGAAUCAAUGAUGGAUUUUCCGAGGCGAGAACUGACCGCUUGGUGGAUGCGGAGAGGUAUCGGGAUAUGCUUGUUGCGAGGGACAUGGAUAAUGAGAGGGGAUUUAGGAUGAAUAGAUUUGAGGAGAGGGUUGAGGGGAGGGUAGAAAGGGUGGAGGAUCGUGUGGAAAGGAUUGUGGGGAGGGAGAUUGGGAGGACGGGUGCGGGUGACAGGGAUAGAGAUCGGGGUAGGAGAGAAAGAAGUCAAGUUAGCAGAGAAAGAUAUGCAAGACCGAGAAUUAUGAGAGAGAGGGAGAGGGAUUGGGAGUAUGGAUAUGAGAGUGGAUCGGGAUAUGGGGGUACUAGAUACCGGGGAUAUGUUUAGAUUGGUUUCCUGGGGGCUAUUUGCUAGAGUUUUACUAUUGGUGAUAGAUAGUGGUAGAUUGUUCUUUUUAGAUUUCAUUUGAUUUGGUUAAAAU